UUCAGGGCAAUGAUCAUCAAAAUGAAGUCAUGGAGGAGUGUGAAUUGCCAUUAAUAGACCUCAGUAAUCUGAGAAGUGAUUAUGAAGAGGAGAGAAUGGCUUGUGCACAAGCUAUAUGUAGAGCUUCAUCAGAAUGGGGUUUCUUUCAAGUAGUGAACCAUGGAAUAAGCCUUGAAAUCCUCAGGAAGAUGAGGAGAGAGCAAGUGAAAUUGUUUAAAGGACCCUUUGAGAAGAAGGCAAAUUGUGGGCUCUUGAACAAUUCAUACAGAUGGGGAAAUCCAGCAGCUACUUGUCCAAAGCAGUUCUCAUGGUCUGAGGCUUUCCAUAUUCCCCUAACAAAGAUGUCAGAGGAAGCUUGUUUUGGAGAAUUCAAUUCUUUAAGGUACUAUUCUUUUUCUUCGAGUGGAUGUUAG